UUUUUGAGAGGAAAAAAACAAUAGAAAAAUGAUGAGUUGUUGGUUUUCAUCAAUUGUGGUUUGGUUUAUUUUAAUUAUUAUUAUUAUAACAACUUGUAAUAAUUUGGUGGAAAGUAAAUGUGCAUUUGAAGCAAUUUUUAAUUUUGGAGAUUCAAAUACUGAUACUGGUGGAUUUAAUGCUGCAUUUCCAUCUCAAGGGCCUCCUUAUGGAAUGACUUAUUUUAAAAGACCAACUGGAAGGGCAACUGAUGGAAGAGUCAUUGUUGAUUUUCUUGCUCAAGGAUUAGGUUUGCCAUUUUUGAGUCCAUAUUUGCAAUCAAUUGGAUCUGAUUUCAGACAUGGUGCAAACUUUGCAACAUCAGCAUCCACAGUGCUCAUGCCACAAACAUCAUUGUUUGUAUCAGGUGUUAGCCCUUUUUACCUAGGAAUUCAACUCCAACAGUUCAAGCUAUUUAAGGCUAAAAUUGAUGAAUUUCAGAGUAAAGGUAACACUAAUCUGCCUCCCUCAGACAUAUUUGGGAAAUCUCUUUAUACAUUCUAUAUAGGUCAGAAUGACUUCACUGGUGAUUUGGGAAGUAAAGGAAUAGGUGGAGUGAAGGAGUACUUGCCUCAAGUAGUUUCCCAAAUUGUUAGCACAAUCAAGGAAAUCUAUGGAUUAGGGGGAAGAACAUUUUUGGUACUUAACCUUGCACCAAUUGGAUGUUACCCAGCAUUUUUGGUGAAGCUCCCUCAUGAAAGUUCUGAUAUUGAUGAGUGUGGAUGCUUGAUAUCAUACAACAAUGCAGUUGUGGACUAUAACAAUAUGCUUAAAGAUGCAUUGGCACAAACAAGAAAAGAUCUUUCAGAUGCAAAUGUUAUUUAUGUGGACACUCAUGCUGUCCUCUUGGAGCUUUUCCAACACCCCACUUCUCAUGGGUUAAAAUAUGGAAACAAAGCAUGUUGUGGACAAGGAGGUGGUUCUUACAACUUUAACCAGGAAGUAUACUGUGGAAAUACCAAAGAGGUAAAUGGACAAACACUGUCAGCCACAGCCUGUGAGGAUCCAUACAAUUAUGUUAGCUGGGAUGGGAUACAUGCCACUGAAGCAGCAAACAAAAUCACAGCAAAUAUCAUUCUCAAUGAUGGUUCUAUUUUUGAUCCUCCAUUUUCACUACAUAAAUUCUGUGAUAUUCAGCCUGUAGGUUGAUACAUCAUCCACAAG